AUGUCGGAAGAACCGAAAGAAAUCACAGGCGCCACUGCGCUCUGCAAAGUCGCCGCGGCCGGAGGCGUCGAGGUGUGCUUCGCUAAUCCCGGGACUUCAGAGAUGCACGUCGUCGGCGCGCUGGCCGAGUGCGCGGAUAUUCGCAGCGUCCUCGUUCUCCACGAAAACGUCGCCACGGGCGCGGCGGACGGGUACUCUCGCGUCAAGCGCGACGUCAACCGCGAUCGAAACGCGAUGGCGAUGACUCUUUUGCAUCUCGCCCCUGGCUUGAUGAACGGACUUUCGAACUUGCACAACGCGAGCCGCGGCCGGAGCUCCAUUCUCAACGUCGUCGGCGAGAUGAGCACGUUUCAUCGAGGUAACGAAGCCCUGUUGGAGAACGAUAUCGAGUCGCUCGCGCGGACGGUGUCGACGAAAUACGUGCACACGAGUGCGGCGGUGGAUGCGAUCGCGAGUGAUGCUGCGGACGCGAUCGAAGCGGCGCUUCGACACCGCGGCGUUGCCACGCAAAUCGUGCCGCACGAUUUGACUUGGUCUCGCGUGUUGGACAGUGGCAGACUGAGCGACGCCAUCGCGCGCGCCGAAAACGUUCGCAAUAGAAGAGACGGCGCCGAAGACGUGGUCGUCACUGAUGCCGUUCGCGCUUUUCUGCGUGAAAUGCUCGCUCGCGCGAAACCGUUGGCGCGCGGCGAAGUUCUCUUUUACAUCGGAGGCGAUGCGUGCGGCGAGGAAGAACUGCGGAUCGUCGGCGACGUCGCGGAAGCGCUCGGUGCGGACGUGGUGUGUGAGUGCUUCUUUUCUUGCAUCGAACGCGGUGGCGAUAUGCCCAAAGUGCAGCGCGCGCCUUACUUUCCGAAAGACGCGGCGAACGCGUUCGCCAAGUACAAAGUCGUCAUUUUUCUCGACGUGCCGCGACCGCCAACGGCGAUGUUCGGCUACCGCGAUUCUCCGACGAAGUUGUUCGCACAGAACGACGACGACAUGUGGUUUGUCGAUCCUCCCGGAAACGCGAUGAUGCUUGACGUCUUGCGCGCGCUCGCGAUGGAAGUGAAUAUCGGCGUUCAAUGCGCGCCGAAGAUGUCAGACGUCGCCGCCGUCGUUGAGCACGUCGUUUCCGAAGCGCUCGCGAAAUCGGUCGAGGACAAGGAGGAUAGUUUGUGGAACUACGGGAUGACGAGCACGAAGGCAGUGAGCGUGCACGACAAACUGUGCAAAGAGUUCGACAUCAAGUUACAAUCGACGAUUGUGUUCAAUCACAAUUCGAUCAACGCGCUCACGAACGCCGUCGCGACAAAGCUCGGCAUCGCAGACGAAUCACCGAAGACUGCGAUCGCACCGAAGGACGUAGACGCCAGCCCAAAGUCCACGCUCGAGGGUGAAUACGUCCAAGUGCGAUGCGAUUCACCGACGGGCGCCUUGAACGGUGCCAAGGUGUGUCGAAUCAUAGCCGGCAUGCAACCAGCCGGCGCGAUCGUCGUGGACGAAUCGCUCACCUCUGGAUCGACGUACUGGAAGGACAGCGAAUCGUCGGCGCGUUUUACGCACAUGACGCUCACCGGCGGUUCCAUCGGUUUCGCGAACGCCGCGGCGGUCGGGGUCGCUUUGGCCGCGCCCGAGAGACAAACGAUCGCGCUCGUCGGCGACGGUUCGGCUCAAUACACCGUCCAGGCCCUUUGGACGCAGGCGCGCGAGAAACUCAACGUCGUCACCGUGAUCAUGAACAACUCCAAGUAUCAAAUUCUCCGCGUCGAGUGCGCUAUCCAGGGCGUUCGCGCGUCCGGAGGCGCGUGCGACUCGCUCACGAAACUCGACGACCCCUCGAUCGACUGGUGCAAACUCGCCGAAGGGUACGGUGUUCGCGGCGUCCGCACCACUACCUGCGAGGAGUUUGCAGACGCGUUCGCGCGCGCGCUCGACGCCGACGGUCCGACGCUUAUCGAUGCUGUUUUAGAGGCGUGA